AUGGCACUCGUGUCAUCGACAGUCCAAGUAAAUAGUGAAGUUAAAGAGGUACCAGACACAGUCGUACAAGAAGUCAACAAACUUGAUGAAACAAACAAAGAAAUAAGAGCAGAGUAUCUUGCAGUAAGAGACAAAGGAUUUACCAUAAAGGACGAUCUGAUCAAGAAAGCAGAGAAACUGGUUGAUGACUCUGUCGAUCUGAUCAGCAAGAAUCCCGACUCUGUCAAAAGCAAGGCAAAGGUCGCCAAGGACAGCAGCACGCUGCAGAGCUGGAGAAAGAGCCUUGCGGAGUGCUUCAAGGACCAGGAAGUCUACGAAAAGUUCAUGAUCGACUCAAGCAAAAGUCUUUUGGAGAUGAAGAACACACAGGUCACUGACUGGCCAGAAAUCAGCAAAAACCUACAAGAAGCCGAGGGAAGUUGGUUCAACUUCUUUGGGGGCGCAACACCAUCGACAGCAGCAAAAGAUAACAAAGAAUACACAGAAAAAUACAACAACUUUAUCAGCCAAGUCGUGAAGAUGCUGGCCACCAGAAACUUGAAUUCUAUAAAAGGAUCAGGCCUGGGAAAUCUGGAAAGCUUUUUAAAGAAGUUUGAGAAGCACAUCAUCACCUCUCCUGAAAAAGAAGACCAGAAGAAGCAAAUGUACAGAGACCUCAUGGCCGCCUGCAUUCUCAGAGAAAAGAUAAAACAGCUCAAGGAGUACAUCUAUCCAAAUGCAAACGACAAAGAGUUCAAGUACUUCAGUUUCCUCCUGGACACAUCUGACGUGCAGAGACAUCUAAUGAGCAACGCCAUCGACCUAGAACGCGAAGUGUACAAUGCCAACGAAAUAACAAAGCCUCUGGCUGGAGUUUUCAACAAGGCAUUCCUGAACGUUGCUAACGAUGACUACGAGCUUAUUGGAGAACUAGCAAAAGAAAAUAUUUCUGACAAAGACGUGGAAGCCAUUAUAAGUAAAAGAUAUGAUGUAAUUAUUGGCAUGAUUGAGAAGUACAACAAGGAGGAGAUAAUCCACACAGACGCUCUCCCCAACCACUGGAAAACCAAAAUGGAAGAGCUUAAGAACUACAACAUAAAACUGCUAAAAAACAUCAUCAUGACCAUCAAAGUGCCAACUGUUACUUCUGCAAUUACUGACGAUCUAGACAAAUGUUCUGCAGUAGGUGAUGGUGAGCACGCAUUGAACAUGUCUGAUAAGAAGGUAACAGCUGACGCUGUGAGCACCUGGUUUGGUUUUACUAGCCCUGCCCAGGGAGUGCCCAAUGCUAUGCUGAACAUGAUAAUAAGCGGAACCAAGUCGGUGAUAAACAUCCCUUACACUCUAGGAAAAAAGUUUAUAACUUUAUUCAGCACUAAAGAGUGGAACAAGGUCUUAUUGAAGGACGUGCAGGCAGAAGACAACAUUAGAAAGGACGCCCUCCACAAACAGGGAGUCAUUCUGGAGAACAUUGAAAGCACGCUGAACUUCCUUCCAGCAGAUCUGAUAGAGGCAUCUAAGGCUGAGCAGCUGCAGAAUCUUACUAACGAAAUAAAGUACCUAGCAAGCAAGUCCAGAUCGCUAAUCUACAUGGUCAAAAUGCAAACUAUGAAGAAAAACAUAAACCCACCAGUUCCUAGCGUUUCCUAUGUAAAUGUAGCUCUUAGCUUCAUAAAGGAAAUGGCAGCUUCAAAGCUCGGCGAAUACAAGGCACUGAACGUAUCAUCGUACAAGAAGAUAGAAAAAGUGAGCUACAUGGCAUUCAUUGCACGACAGAAGCAGACAGAGCUAGUGCUGAACUACAUGAAGCAGCUGGUUGCUGAGUACAACCAAGCCUCAAAGAAAAUCGCAGUCUUGGUAACAGAGAAGCAGAUGCAGGAGCAGAACGCGAUUGCAGAACAGCUGGCUAGCGUGAAUGUUGCAGCUGAUCUAAAGCCAGGAAGAUCUCUGACCCUUAGCAAAGCACUGAACGCAAACAUGCGAAACGCAAUAGACGUGAUUGUUCUGGAGCUGGAAAAAACACAGGCUAUUAAUAACAGAGCUUGUUUCUGUGCAACACAGAAGAACAUUCUUCUCUUUGACCACGCAAUUCAGCUACUGGAUAUAUACACUUCAGAGAAAGCAGAGAGCGCAAAGGCUAGCAUGGAGAAGUACAAAAAGCACGGAAUCCAGGACAAGAUUGCACAAAUGAUCAAGGACGAAGCAAGCAACGAAAAGUCAAAGCUGGCUGCAUUCAGAACUGAGAACAUCAUUGUCAACAUUGGAGUGAAAGUGCCCAUGAUGCUAUCUGAGGCUUUCGGAGUAAAGACUCAGCUGCAGGCAGAAGAAGCUCUACUCGGAGGAAGCUCUGAUGAGGUCCCUGGUCUAAAUUCUACCUCUACAGUAGUAGCAAAGGGCGAAGAGAAGAAAGGAAUGAAAUUUAACUACAGAAAAGCAAUCGUGUGCGGUGCAAUUGUUCUGGUUGUCUGUGCUAUCAUUGGUCUCGGAGUCUUAUAUUACUUUAAAAGGAUAAAGCAAAAAGACAGCUUAUUAGAAUAA